UCUUGCUGCAUGGACAUUUUGUUGAAGAAGGCUAGUCAAUGUCCGUCAUGAGUUCCCAUCACCUCAGAGGAAACCCGCUGCAGAGAAAUUAUAGGUACGACCAGCGAGACUAUUUCUGUGAAGAAACACCUCCGAAAGACCAGGAAGCUUCUGUUGAGAGAAUAUGAAGAUGAAAUGGAAGGUCUCCUCAAAGAGAACGAAGAGCUGAGGAACAAGAACCAGAGCCUGGAGUCCCAGCUGAAGACGGUACUAGACCCCUGUACUAUAACAGCCAGCCAGAGAGAAGCCCGGGACCUGGAGCCCGGUGUUGUGGAGGAGUGGAGCAACAAGCUGAGAGCAGCUACAGAUGGCUACAGCCGGAUCAAACUGGACGUGGAGAAACUGAAAGAGGUAAUAACGAAUAGGAUCCGUCGACGGAGGAAGCUAAUCGCACCUAACUCGUUACGACUCUCAUCUUUCUGCUGUGAACCGCCCCUCAGGUUUGGCCGGUACACGGUAGCGGCGUUGGAAGCUAAGAUUCAUCAGUACGAACGAGAUGUGGACCACCUGAAGAAAGCUCUGGAACGCAGCGACCAGUACAUAGAAGAACUGGAGGCCCGGGGUGGAGGGGGAGCGGAGGGGCUCCCGAGAAACCCCAGAGAGSCACCCCAGGGCCACACCGAUGCCCGUCCAGAGAGCACCUCCUCUGGGGAGGGUGAAGCCGSGACCAGGGUCCACUAUCAGAGGAUCGGUGGCAUGACGAGGAGUCUCAGUGACAUGGAGAAGGCCUCCAUCUGCGCCAGUCUGGAGGGAGAAUCCAAGACGUUGUCCGCCCACCACAACUACCUCCUGGCAACCUCUAACGCCAUGGAGCUCAACGCCGCCGGCUCCGAGACGUUCCGGGACCACCGGAGAGGUUUCGGCGUGACGCUCGCAGGACACAAAGACUCUAUAGAAACCGAUAGUAUUGACGCCGUCGUUCCCUCUGACCUCUUCCUGUUCUCCACUCCCUCCUCUGCCUUCCGCUCCCUCAGUCUGAAGAGUCCCAGUGUCGGUGAAGACAAGAAGCUUGGCUAUAAGGCUGUGACUCAUCUAAGGAGACUCAGUUUUGAGGACAGUAUAACAUCCAGCAGUAGCAGUAGUGCCUCCACUGUAGCAACUAAACGGUCCAGUCUCACUACGCGGUUAUCCAACAGUAUGUCUUCCAGUAACGUAGCCAAGUCAGGACUCUCCGUCGCCACCGAGCCGUUCUGGGCUGCAGCCUGGCAGAGCCACAAGGCUUCUGAUAUAACCUCUGUGACCUCCGUGACGUCGCCCAAUCACAAUGGAGAGGAGGAGGAGGAGCAGCAGCAGCUCGACACGUCUUCGGGGUCGGGGCACAGCGAGAGAAACCACACCGCGGGAGGAGCCACCACGUCCCAGAAUCUGACAGAGGACGAGACGGACCCCAUGUCCAGCGAAGCGUCCAUGGACGCUGCCUACCUGGAUAAGAUCUCCGAGCUGGACUCUAUGAUGCUGGAGGGGCCAGAGAGCUGCAGCUCGGCGGGGUCACACCUGUCCUCGGGGUCACACCUGUCCCUGGCUUCCUCCCUGACUUCUGCCGACACACCGGACUUGACCCUUGACCUUAGACUGGAUGUGACCCUGGUACCUGAGGUGGAGGGCUGCUCUGAACUCUUCCUGGAUCCUGACUCUGAGCACCUGAGGUGGAGGGCUGCUCUGAACUCUUCCUGGAUCCUGACUCUGAGCGAGGUGGACAGACCGAGGCUGGGGGUUUCGACUUGGCGUGCAGGAUAAAGGGAACCUCUUCCACUCCGGUGACCGUGUCCGAGACUCAGGCAGCUUCUCUAGCGCCUGUAUCCACGACGACGGGAACCGGGUCUGGAUCCUGCUCUGGGAGAGACGCUGGCAGCCGGGACCACAGUCUUCUAGACUCUACGGGGCCCGCUAGAGAACAGGGACACCCUCCUGACCCCUCUCAGACUGACGAACUGUCCUUCGACCUGCUGUUUGACCCCUUAACAGAGACCCAGACAGGACCGGGAAGGGCGUCGGCCUGGCAGGCCUCAGCCAACCACCACCACCACGAGGACCAUGACAUCUCUCCUGGCUGCUGCUCAGCAGAUAGACCUGGAGGAGACGCUGUGAGAGAGAAGAGCACGGUGACUCCUAGUCAGGCGACCAAACGGAAGUCUCACAGUCCUUUUAACGUCGGCAGUCCCUCCAAACAUUCUAAGUUUAUGUGAUUUGUGACGGAGUUAACAUGCCCCCCCCCCCCCCCCCCUGCGCCCACGUCACUGUAAACUAGCCCGGCGCCAGUCUGUUUCUGAUCUCUAGCCAGCUCUUUAUGGAACUGUGUGAUGCGAUGCCCUGGCAGAAUCUGGGACCCAGGCUCUCUUCUUUACUGUGUGUCAUGUUAUUCUCUUAUAUAGUGCACUACUUUAGACCGGAGUCCUAUGGGGCCCUGGUCAACAGUAGUUCAUUAUGUGAGGAAUAUAAGGGUACCAUUUGGCAUAAUGAUUGCAGUCUUGUGCUAACUAAUGCUAACUGCUUCUUUCAAAACUGUUGCUAAUGCUAACCGCUUCUUUCAAAACUGUUGCUAACGCUAACUGCUUCUUUCAAGCUGUUGCUAACUGCUUCAUUCAAGCUGUUGCUAAUGCUAACCGCUUCUUUCAAACUGUUGCUAUUGCUAACUGCUUCUUUCAAGCUGUUGCUAACUGCUUCUUUCAAGCUGUUGCUAAUGCUAACUGCUUAUUUCAAGCUGUUGCUAAUGCUAACUGCUUCAUUUAAACUGUUGCUAAUGCUAACUGCUUCAUUCAAACUGUUGCUAAUGCUAACUGCUUCAUCAAACUGUUGCUAAUGCUAACCGCUUCAUUCAAACUGUUGCUAAUGCUAACCGCUUCUUUCAAAAUGUUGCUAAUGCGUAUGUUUAUGUGUGUAAUGGCAUCAAAUUAUUCCUGAAAAUAAAACUGUUAUUUUCAGUAA